UGUUGCAUUCACGGCUUUUCAAUUGCAGUUGCAACACAAAUUAACUACAUUCCACAUCAAACAGGGAAAAAAUCAGGAAAACCCACUUCGACAAUGCUGGAUUUUGUCAAGAAACUCCAGAAGCCCCUGCAGGGCUACAAAGUGACGAAUCAAGAUAGAAGUCGAAAAGUGGGAAUCGCUGCCAACUCUCUCGACAUGUUAAGGUCAAAAGCUGAAGCAAAAUUCAAUCUCACAAACACUGCCAUUUAUCUCGCAGCCGACGGAACUGAAGUCGAUGCUGACUACUUCCAGACUUUACCUGAACAAACAGUAUUCAUUUGUGCUCCCAAAGACACGAAAAUCGAAACGGACUACGAUUUGCUCCUCACUUCCAUCAGCAAAACCGAAAUAGUUGACACGGGAAAGGCCAUUCAGUCGUUCAUCAAGGACGAUCGAGACCAUUUGGUGCAAGUUUUGUUGCAAGCCAAGCGCGAUUUUGACGAAAAAGUUGCUUGUAGCACACGGGACGAGCACGAAGAUUGGUUUCAAUCCUUAGAAUCUUCGGCAUUUACGAAAGAGGAGGUCAUGCGUCGUCGAUCUCAAGACAGAAUUCGAGGAUAUUUCUACAAAAUCAAGGAUGAACUUGUUCGAAGUGAGGUCUACAAAAAAAGUCCAAAGGGCAAAAAAAUUAUUUUAGACAUCUUGGAUGCAUGGAAACACUUACUGGCUGGAACAGAUUAUUUUUCCUGCAUGUUCGACCGGAGCUACGAUGCGAAACACGACGUUGUUAAAAACAACGAAUUCACCGACGAAAUCGAUGCUGCCCGAUUUUUGACGAAAAAACGUCGUAUCGAGAUGGAAAAUUUCAUCGCAAAAGACAAAAUGACAGAUUUACAAAAAUUACGUCUCUCCCUGUGCUCAAUUAAAGGCGAUUUUCGAUGUUUUGGCGAAUGGUCGAAAACAAUCUGCGAUUAUCAGAACCACACAAUUAAUCCGUAUGCAAGUCGGGAAAAUUUAAUUCUCUUCCAAACGUGGAAUUUGGACCAUCAAGCAGAGCUUUGUCGUACCGUGUUGCCGUCCCUCCUUGAAAAUCUCGAGAUUUUGUUGCAUGGCAAGGCAAUUUGUGAUCAACACAGAACGAAAGCGGUACAUGUUUCACUCCUCACGUAUUUUAAGGAGAUUUUUACCGUCGCCAACUUGAAAUUAGUGCACAUCGUUUGUCAUGACAAGGGCGGGCAUGAACUGAAAUCCAAUGGAAGACUCAUUUGCGUGAAAUGUAAUGAAUAUAAAUUUAUUCAAAAGUUGGAAAAGUUGAUUGAAAGCGGAAAAUGUGAUGGAGAAUUGUAAAUUGUUGUUGAGAAUUUAAAGUUUACAAAAAAAUUCGUUAAUAAAAAAAAAUGUUUUGAGAGUUGAAAUGAAGCAAAAAAAAAUUUUUUUUAUG